CCCUUUACUCGUAGACUCACCAAGGCUAGAGAGCGGCGGCGCUCGGCGGUGUGCCUGGCGGCGGAGGCCGACGAGGGUGUGCGGAGCGCAGAGAGGCGCACUCCUGGGUUGGGACUGAGCGGUGCAAGCCUUUGAGAGAGCCGCUGAGCGCACUCGCUUUUGGUCGCUCAACUUCGGAGCCAGGACGCGGGAGCCUGGGGAGCGCUCGGAACCCCGGAGCCGAAGUAGCGCGGAGAGGGGCGCGCCGGAGCCUGUCUCGAGAGCAGGCGCCGGACGCCCAUCACGCUCCGAGUUCCGGGCAGCCCUCUGCGCAGUGUGGCUGCCGCUGCCCCCACGGAGGGCACGGGCUGGCGCGGCCGGGCACCGGUGAAGACGAAGAGGAGGCGGCGGCGGCGACGUCGACGGCGGCGGCGAGGCUGGGGCCAGGGAGAGAGCCCCGGGGGAGAGGCGCCCGAGCCCGGCCGCGGGAGCAUGUGGGCCCGGAGCGGAGCGCGGGGCGCGUUGCUGCUGGCACUGCUGCUCUGCUGGCACCCAAUGCUGAGCCAAGCAGGCACCGAUGCAGGCAGCGAGGUGCUCCCCGACUCCUACCCAUCGGCGCCAGCCGAGCCACUGCCCCACUUCCUCCUGGAGCCACAGGACGCCUACAUCGUGAAGAACAAGCCUGUUGAACUGCGCUGCCGCGCCUUCCCCGCCACGCAGAUCUACUUCAAGUGUAACGGCGAGUGGGUCAGCCAGAACGACCACGUCACACAUGAGGGCCUGGACGACGCCACCGGCCUGCGGGUACGAGAGGUACAGAUUGAAGUGUCACGGCAGCAGGUAGAGGAGCUGUUUGGGCUGGAGGAUUACUGGUGCCAGUGUGUGGCCUGGAGCUCCGCAGGUACCACCAAGAGUCGUCGGGCCUAUGUCCGCAUCGCAUACCUGCGCAAGAACUUCGAUCAGGAGCCUCUGGGCAAGGAAGUGCCCCUGGACCAUGAGGUUCUCCUACAGUGUCGCCCUCCAGAGGGGGUGCCUGUGGCUGAGGUGGAAUGGCUCAAGAACGAAGAUGUCAUCGACCCCACCCAGGACACCAACUUCCUGCUCACCAUUGACCACAACCUCAUCAUCCGCCAGGCCCGCUUGUCAGAUACAGCCAACUACACGUGUGUGGCCAAAAACAUCGUGGCCAAGCGCCGCAGCACCACCGCCACAGUUAUUGUCUACGUGAAUGGGGGCUGGUCCAGCUGGGCAGAGUGGUCUCCGUGCUCCAACCGCUGUGGCCGUGGCUGGCAGAAGCGCACACGGACCUGCACCAACCCUGCUCCACUCAAUGGCGGUGCCUUCUGUGAGGGGCAGGCCUUCCAGAAGACCGCCUGCACCACCGUGUGCCCAGUCGAUGGGGCAUGGACGGAGUGGAGCAAGUGGUCAGCCUGCAGCACUGAGUGUGCCCACUGGCGCAGCCGCGAGUGCAUGGCGCCCCCACCCCAGAACGGAGGCCGAGACUGCAGCGGGACUCUGCUUGACUCCAAGAACUGCACCGAUGGGCUGUGCAUGCAAAAUAAGAAAACUCUAAGUGACCCCAAAAGUCACCUCCUGGAGGCCUCAGGGGACGUGGCACUGUAUGCAGGCCUGGUGGUGGCCAUCUUCGUGGUAGUAGCCGUCCUCCUGGUGGUGGGGGUGGUGGUUUAUCGCCGCAACUGCCGUGACCUGGACACCGACAUCACCGACUCCUCAGCCGCCCUCACCAGCGGCUUCCACCCGGUCAACUUCAAGACCGCGAGGCCCAACCACCCACAGCUCCUGCACCCGUCUGUGCCUCCGGACCUCACAGCCAGCGCCGGCAUCUACCGUGGGCCCGUGUAUGCCCUGCAGGACUCGGCCGACAAGAUCCCCAUGACCAACUCACCCCUGCUGGACCCCCUACCCAGCCUCAAGAUCAAGGUGUACAGCUCCAGCACCACCGGCCCUGGACCAGGCCUGCCAGAUGGGGCCGACCUGCUGGGGGUCCUGCCACCCGGCACCUACCCCGGUGAUUUCCCCCGGGACGCCCACUUCCUGCAUCUGCGCAGUGCCAGCCUCGGCUCCCAGCAGCCCCUGGGCCUGCCCCGUGACCCAGGGAGCAGUGUCAGUGGCACCUUUGGCUGUCUGGGUGGGAGGCUCAGCAUCCCUGGAACAGGGGUCAGCCUGCUGGUGCCCAAUGGAGCCAUCCCCCAGGGCAAGUUCUACGAGAUGUACCUCCUUAUCAACAAAGCAGAAAACACCCUCCCACUUUCGGAAGGGACCCAGACAGUAUUGAGCCCUUCAGUGACCUGUGGGCCCACGGGCCUCCUGCUGUGCCGCCCUGUCAUCCUCACGGUGCCCCACUGUGCUGAAGUUAGUGCUGGUGACUGGAUCUUCCAGCUCAAGACCCAGGCCCACCAGGGCCACUGGGAGGAGGUGGUGACCCUGGAUGAGGAGACCCUGAACACCCCCUGCUACUGCCAGCUGGAGGCCAGGUCCUGCCACAUUCUGUUGGACCAGCUGGGCACCUAUGUGUUCCUGGGUGAGUCCUACUCCCGCUCAGCUAUCAAGCGGCUCCAGCUGGCCAUCUUCGCCCCUGCCCUCUGCACCUCCCUGGAGUACAGCCUCAGGGUCUACUGCCUGGAGGACACGCCUGCAGCUCUGAAGGAGGUGCUGGAGCUGGAGCGGACCCUGGGCGGCUACCUAGUGGAAGAGCCAAAGCCCCUGCUGUUUAAGGACAGUUACCAUAACCUGCGCCUCUCCCUCCACGAUAUCCCCCACGCCCACUGGAGGAGCAAGCUGCUGGCCAAGUACCAGGUGAGGCUGGGCCAAAGGAGGGCAAGGGAUAGAACGCCUGCUGGCUCCCUGGAUGCCCUCUGCUCUGCCCCCAGCAGCACUGUCACCACCCAGCUGGGACCCUAUGCCUUCAAGAUUCCACUGUCUAUCCGCCAGAAGAUAUGCAACAGCCUGGAUGCCCCCAACUCUCGGGGCAAUGACUGGCGGCUAUUGGCGCAGAAGCUCUCCAUGGAUCGGUACCUGAACUACUUUGCCACCAAAGCAAGCCCCACAGGUGUGAUCCUGGACCUCUGGGAAGCUCUGCAGCAGGAUGACGGGGACCUCAACAGCCUGGCGAGUGCCUUGGAGGAGAUGGGCAGGAGUGAGGUGCUGGUGGCUGUGACCACUGAUGGGGACUGCUGAGCUGCUCCAGAGCUGGGCCUGGUAGGGGCUGCCAGGGCGUGGAUGCAGGGAGGCUCAGGGAAGCCUCCCAUGGGGCAGGUCGGCCUCCAUUGCCCCCAGCUUGCAGCCUGAGUCACCCGCUCCUCUUCCCCUUGCCCCACCUACCACGAUCAGCCUUAGGAAUCCAUGUACUCUGUUGUCAGGGGUACCAAGUGUUCAUUCUCCAUCCCCUGCUGUCUCUCCUGGCCUCAGGCCUCCACAUGCGGGAGCCCGGGUGGAGCUGAGGCCUUCAGAGGCAGGUGGGGAGGAAUGAGGUGGCCCCCCUGCCCCCACUGGGCCUGGGACCUGUGGGUUUGUUUUAGCUAUGCUCUUCAUCUCCUUGCUCUUUGGUUUCUCCUCCUCCCCAAGUCCUCUAUUCACACCAUUUUCCUCUUUGAAGAGUCAGGUACAAUUCAGACAAACUGCUUUCUCCUGUCCAAAAACAAAGGAAAAAGAAAGAAAGAAAAAGAAAGCUUCAGACCGCUAGUAAGGCUCAAAGAAGAAGAAAAACACAAAAACCACAAGGGAAAACGAAAAACCCAGUUUCUUAGGAAACGCAAAUGAUUUAUUAUCCAGAUAUUUGGAUAACUCCUUUUUAAGAAAAAAUAAUGAAAAUGAAAAACAACACAAAAAAAUAGAAAACUCUUUUCUUGAGUGUGAAUGAGUGUGGGCAUGCUCAUGCUCUGGCCAAGAGCAAGUUUGUGUGUGUGUGUGUGUGUGUGUGUGUGUGUGUGUGAGAGAGAGAGAGAGAAUUGGGGAGAGACACUAAAAAGGGAGCACUUUGCUGCUAAUGAUUCCGUCUUAGGCUAAAUUCUUGCAAGACCUUGGUUUCCCCUCUUAUACAGGGUCAAAUGGGGUUUUAGCUGUGGUGCCAUGUUUCCCUCUAAAAUCUUAAGCAGACACUGAAUCCAUGAAGUCAGGGAGCCCUGAGGUCUGGAGUGAGUUGGGUCCUGCCUUCCUCCCACAGCCCAGGCAGAUGCCCAGCAGGCUCCUCUGAGCUCCUGGGAAUCCAGAUGAAGAGGCCUUGGGAUGGAACAUGUGGGCAGGAGAGGCCAGCCUGAGCCAGGGAGGAUGUCUCCAGUGCCAUGGUCUGGUGGCUUCUGGAGAAGGGGUGUGGCCCACAUGGGUCCCUUGCAGAGAAAGAACUGGGGGUUGAGAGUCCCGCAUAGACACCUCUGUCCUUCACCCCCAGGGUGGGGCCAGCCAGGACACUGCCACCCAGCAGCCUCUAGACCACAUGGGCUGGAGCAGGUUGGCAAAUGCCCAGAAAUCCAGGAUCUGCCCUUCCCCAGCCUCAGUUUCUCCUAUAAAACAGAAGGGAUGAGUGAGAAGGCCUCUCUAGCUACAGAAGCCUGAGCUUCUGGGCCUUGGUGUGGCUUUGAGGAAUGUGUUAACGUCAGCCCUGUGGCAUGGGAGGCUAGGUGGUGAGUGGCCUGACUGCUUUACAUGCCCAGAGUGGAGGAGGAAGGGCAGAGGACUAUUUUCCCAGCUCUGAUCUCCACAGGUGCCUUCCUCGCCCCCUAUGCUCACCCUCCCACUGUCGUCUGGGAGAUCUUGAAGUAAGGUUUGGACAGGCAGGGUUGCCAGAGUGGAAGGGCUGGCCCCUCCUUACCAGCCUCCUUCAGAAUGUUCCAAGGGGCCAUCAGGGUCCCUUUUCGGCUGGCUGGUGAUGGCUGAGAGGAGGAUCUUGCAGCUGUCACGGAGACCUCAUUGAAGGCCUCCUCUCCCAGGCACUCAAGGCAGAGCGCCAGCCCCACCCCCCGCCGCUCUGGGCACCAGGCAGGACUUGCCCCAACAUGUCCAUGAACAGCCACUGGGACCAGCCUGGGCCUGUUCUAGCCUUCAAAAGUUUGGUCUCCUGGGAGGAAAGCAGGUUUUGAGGCUGUGGUCCCAGCCAGCAUCCCCAGACUGUCCUCCCUGCCUUGGGGCUUAUGGGGGUUCUCACGCCCUACCAGCCCCCCUGGGAGGUAGGUUGGCCAAGGGCAAACAAAGGCCUGCUCAGUUUGAGCAAGGAUUCCUUCUCUCAGGGCUACUGAAAGGGCCAGCCCUGCCUCUAGGGAGGGUCCCCGAGGCUCAGACCAUGGCUCUUUACCCCAGUGUGUGUGUAGACAUUAGCCUCAGGCAAGGUCAGCAAGCUUUUCCUACCAAAGUUGCCUGUCGGAAACACAUAGGCCUGUGUGAUAGCAUGGCCGCGAGGACAGCCUAACUGGUCCCUGAGGGCCUUUACUGUGGCGCUGUUGUCAUCACCAGCUCUGAGUGCCCACAGGCAGCCCAGAGUCCAAAGACCAAUUCACGCUCCAGCUUUGCCAUUUAAAGUGCUGUGUGGCCUCAAGCAUAUGGCUGCCUUCUCUGGGCCUCAUCUUUUUUCUUUACCUAGAGGGCCCACAGCUGCUGUCUGAGGUCUUUCGGGUUCUGAAAUGGUGUCAUACUAGGCUUCUGCUGGGAACCCUAGUGGGUAGAAGUUGUCUGGGGUCUGCCAUACCCCUCCUCCCUGCCCACCCUCUGAAGCCUGCUUGCCCAGCACCCAGGAUGAGUCCAGGCCAGCCACCCAGGUGCCAUUUCUAACCUGAUUUCCAGAAAUGGUGUACCAUGGCCUGGAGCACCAAACAAAUUCUAUUGGAAGGGUUCAAGCUGUCCAGCUUUAUAAAAAGAAAGCCCAGAAGGGGUUUGCUGGCUCCAUCCAUCUGCUGAGGCUGCUCUGACUGUAUCCCCACACUGCCCACCUCAGGUGGGAUCAAGAUUUUCCUCCUACUCAAGCCUGAGAAGCAGCCUCAUGUGGCCUGUGUGCCUCAAAAGUGGCAGAUUGGGAGCUGCUGCAGGGCUCUUACACAGGUGAUCACACCUCUCCCGCCUCUGGGAUGUGCUUGCGCGUGUGUGUGCAUGUGUCCGUACCCUGUGUGCGGUGCCUUAUCCGCAGGCACAGCAGGAUGCCCCUCUAGGAACAUGUCCCCAACCUUUGUGUGAGUGUGUGCCCUCCUCGGGUCCCAGGCUGAGACAUCUGGAGGCUGGCGUGCCUGUUUUUGUCCUCUCUGCGUCCACAGGGUCAGUCGGUGUAUACGUGCCUCUCCUCUGCCUUCUCUCACAGUGCCCAGGGGUCCUCCUGAGGGUGUGGGGGGCUCCAUCUCCUGGAUGAUCCAGGGCCCUCUGCCCUUCCCUCAGCAACCAGGCCGCUGAGUCAGGUCCCUUAGGCCCUCUGAGGGUGAGUGACCGGGAACUUGGGUGCAGGGAGCAGCUCCUGGGGGCAAAGGGCUGGACCCCCUGCCUGGGCCAUGGACGUGGUUAUAUGUCCCAGGGGCGUAGGGCUGCAGGGAUGGCCCAAUCCCACCUCUGUUUAUUCUGUAAACUUCAACUUGUAAAUAUGUUUAGCAUUUCUAUUGUAACAAAAUUAAUUUUUAUGAAAUAAAUUAUAUUUCCUAGUCUAAUAAAAAAAAAUCCAGGUUG